AUGGAGUCUCCUAAGCCCCUACCGAACCCUCCGAAGUCUACCAGGAGUGGAGCUUCUCCUACCAGAAAUCAAAAUUCACCUUCCAAAAGCGUGGAUGAAGAAGACUUCGAGUUUUAUAAUGAGUUUUCGAGAGGCAACGUGAAGGAUCUGAUCCAUGCUCUUACACAAGAGCUCAAGAGAACGGCAUUGGACACCGAGUACCUGUUCUUACCGUUUCGCCCAGAGCAGUCGAAUGAGAAGCUUUUAAAGUUUUUGAAUCGUGUUUUUCCACUUGGAAACGGAGUCGCCGUAGCUGACGGAAAACUUGAUAGAUUGAUCCGAGCAACUGAUCAGUGGACUCUGUUUCAGGCACUUAAGUACAUCUGGGCCAGACUUCCCGAGGGGCAGGUAGUAACAUGGAGUGCUUACCACGCGUUUGAAGAACGUGAGAAAGCCGAUGGGUUUUCUCCCAAAGCAUUUUUAGAGCUUAUGCCCAAAUGUCUGGUUUCGCCUGAUCACGCCUCCAUUGUGUACGACUUCUUUGAUCUCAUAGUCACGAUGGCGUCAAACUCUAAGCGGAACAAGAUGAGCGCGCGUAAGAUCUCGAAGAUGUUUGGCAUUUGGGCAUUUGGGAGCGAUGGCGGCAGAAAUGCUGCAACUUCAUAUGAUUUUGACAACGGCGUUGAUAAAAGAAAUGAAGACAUUAACACUUUCCAGAGUGGGCUUGACCAAUGGAUUCCUGCAUCUGAUGCCAUGUUCCAUCUCCUUCUCGCGUUUAUACGCAGUUUUGUUCCGCACGAUUUGAAUGAUGCCAAGAUUCCUACCACAUUGAAGACUAUAUUAUUCAAUAACAACUAUCCACCGAAGGACAGCACAGCAUACUCUUCGGAAACCACUCUUACGGUUCCAAUCGUGAGCCUGAAGACCACAAAAUUUUCAAAAAAGCCUUGGCAACUUAUUGAACGGUGUAACCAGCUAUUCGACUUUGCAAAUCACGAUGCAUUUGCGGCCCGAGAGGAUUACGCUCUUUUGAAGUCGCUUUUCAAAAAGAAGAAAAACAUUGAGGGCAUUAGUCGUAAGAUGUCGAAAGAGUCCCGUCGACUAAUGAAAGAGAUGUCUACCAAGCACUCUACAUUUCAAGCUGGCUGGGCCUCUCAAACUUGUAUUUCAUCAGCUGGUGCAUCCAAAGGUCCUAGUGAGCACUUACAAAUGAGUCGCGUCAAUAUUGACGAUUAUUUUAUUUGGGCCUGGCUCUCGUCUUUAUCCCAUGAACAGACAUCGCGUAAGCGAAAAAUAUUUGGAAGAUCUCUCAUCUUAGAAUUUGAAUUUGACGGCUUUAAAAAGUGGAUGGUCAUCGAGGAAUCAGACCUAAACGUGGAAUUGGCGAAACGUCAGAAGUUUGAUUCUUUAGAAAAUAUACCUCACGACGAUUCAGCUAUUCCCAUCAUUCAACAGGCAAAAAAUGCGCGUAACAUCACCCCAGCUUACGAAAAAUUCCAAAAGAACGUCACUACGGAAAAUUCCGUGGCCGCGGCCGAGAAGAAGUUACCUUUCGCACCUUCGAUUGUCAAUUCUCAUGAUGGACAAAAUACUUCUCCUUCCCCCCAACCGAAAGACCACUUAAAUGCGUUCAACUCAAACUCUAAGUUGAAUUCACUUCAAUCAAUUUCCAAAACCCACCAUGCCUCAAAAAAAUCCCCAAGUACAUUUCAAGCUCCUUUAAAUGAGACCGGACAUGAGCAACCAACUUAUAAAAACCAUAUAAACUCUGACAAUAAUACCAACCGUCAUGACUCAAGAGUUUUGAGUCAGUUCAGCAUGUUGAAUCCAGCUAAUUACGAGCUGCCAACAGUGAAGCGUGAAGAGUUCAAGGUUGAUUUACCCUCAUUUGAUAAAGAAAGUGAGGAUUAUAAAGGGCAAGGAAAUGAAUUUACGGAACCUGUCACCCUUUCUGUCACACCUCGUAACAAGGAAAGGGUGAAAAGCACUUGCAUCGACGACUUGAACUUAUUGGUUGACAAACUAAAUCAUCAAGUUUUGAAUUCAGAUCAAGAGGAUGAAAAGUCAACCGAGCAUGGUUCCGAGACGUUCGAAAGCCUUACAAUGUUUGAUAAGUAUAAAAAUAUACCAGGCCAAUCUACUGACACAUUGGCAGAAAGCGCUACUUCCAGUGUUGCGCCUCUGAAAAUUGGCGGCGGACAGUUUGAUCAGCAUUCAAUGGCGUCUCAAACACCUCUAAGAAUUAACAAUCAGGAUGGGCCCAACUCAAACAGCUUUGUUCACAUUAACUCGAACGAUGUAAAUCCAAUUGCUUCAUUACCAGGGUCUGCGACGGACGUAAAUUCUUACCAUGACACGAACCCUUCUUUCGUUGCCAGAAAGAAGGUUCCCAAUAGAAAGGAACCUGUCGCAGUAUCGAAUGAAAUACCUCAUUAUGAUAUGCCCUCACAGACGUCCUUGUCAAAAUCUUCAUCACCUAUUCUUUCAGCCCCUCGUGAAAAUUUAGGGCCAACAAGAACAAAGGAGAGAGCAACAGAAGUGCAUCAUAAUAAUGUACAGCAACCUGUUGUACCAAUCAAAAUUUCAAGGCACAGUCCCGUGGUCGCUCAGGAACCCAUGUAUUAUUCACACCAGCUGAACGAAGAACAUCGCAAACAGCCAACAACUGGCAUGGUAAUGCCGCAAGCUCACGUUCAAGCUCAAAAUACUGCACACUCUCAACAACCACAGGUAUAUCCACCAAACGUACAUUACGCGAGUCGUCAAGAGGGACUGCAUUCUCAUGCAAGACCUCGACAUGAUUCCCCGCACAGGAUGAAGCAUACGAUUGCACAACCCUAUAAUCAAAAUCUUGUUCUCAACUCACGAAUGGACAGCCCUCACUGGAUAUCGCAGCCAACACUUAAUACCUAUCCACCUGAUCAGCGCCAGAUACGAGCAGGGCACAGCGCGUCCGAGCCCAGUUUUAAUUCUCCUACGUCACAAGCCCAGGGCUCAGCGCUCAAAAGUCCGCAAUUGCCCCAUAGAUUUGGGCACUCGCCAAUCUCAAACACUACACAUUACAUGGCACCCAACUACCAAAACACUGGGCAUCAGCGUCCAGUCAAUUCUAAUCCUAGAAUUGUCACUCAAAAUCAACCUCAGCUCCCGAGCAAUGCUAUAACUUCACCCGUUGGGCCAGUCCCCUCAAGAACCCAACACCCACCCACAUCGGCAGUACAUGGCUAUCCAAUACAACAAUCACCACGGAUGGGUAGCCCAGGAACUUUCAUCCCCCUUACAACUGGCCAACAUGUUCCAUAUUCGUCGUCUCCUUCGCAUCUCGGUUACGGUGUAAUGCAGACUACAGGGUCUCCUAGGCCACCUAUCGGAGGCAAACUACACGGUGGAUUUGCAACAAAAAAAGAUGACCGUAAGAGGCUUCACGACACAAUAAGAAAUGGUGCUUUUGGGAUUUAA